AUCGUCGUUGACUCCGAACCACGCCGUUCUUCUCCACCAUGUCCGUCCGUCGCUCUUCUUAACCAUGUCCCUACAUAGGACUCCCGACAAGAGACAGGCGUCAUUAGCAUCUACCCAAAGUUCUUCGACUCUCCCGACUCCGACGUCUUCAGCCAUAACUACUGAAUCCGUUUCGGACGCUUCCGUCACGCCGACCUCACGCACCUCGACGACCACGCCUCCUCCAACAUCAGAGGCAUCUUCCACCUCCGCCAUGCCGUCUACUUCGACGGAUUCCACCCCGGGUGACGGCGCGUCGUCAUCUUCGACGACUUCUACGUCUGCUUCACAUACGACAACAUCCACGUCCUCUACGUCUACUUCCUCUACAUCUAGCUCGAUAUCUAGCUCCUCCUCGGCUUCUACCUCGACAUCCACCUCGACGUCCACCUCGACAUCCACCUCCACAAGUACCUCAACAACUUCCUUGUCGUCAACUACGCCGACCUCGGAUACCUUUACGUCGACUACAUCAACGUCCUCGCCUCCGCCGGAUUCCUCCACUUCAGUAUCCACGACGGUAGUAGACUCGGACACUACCACCACUGUAUCCUCGCUCUCUACAGAUAAGAACACAGUCACAGCAAGUGAGACCGCCUCAACUACUCUCACCUUUCCCAGCGAGGUUGUCACGACAACUCUGCAAUCCACAGUAUUCCUUACUACCACUAAUAGCGCGGGGCAGACCGUAACCAGCGCUCCGCCGUUGGUGACUGAGACUCUGACGAGGACAAAUAGUGAUGGUUCUCCUAAUGUUGUCACUAUUGUCGCCGACAACCCUACGCCCAUCUCUAACAACAGCAAUGCGACCCAGACGUCACAGUUCUUCCGUAACAAGGGCGCAGUCGCAGCGGUGUUCGUUAUCGUCGGCCUCACUGCGGCAUCGAUAGCGCUGUUUAUUUUCUUCUAUGUACGGCGGCGGCGGCGGACCCAACGGCUCGAGCACGAUGCGGCGGUCGCGUCGACGCUAGCAGCAGCAGGAUACAACCGCCGACCUCUGGACGAUGACGACGAAAAGCAGAUGUCGCCGCACCGCUCCUCGGUGCCCUCGGCGACCACGCUGCCGAACUCGAGCUUCAGCUCUGCCCAGCAGCUCGCAAUGGCCGCCGGUGGUCGCACCCCGCCCGCAGAUGGCGGUGGUGCCACGACUCCUCCGACGCCUGGCGCUGGCCCCGAGUUUGACCCCUAUGCUGCGGUCGGCACGGUGCAUCCCCCGCCUGCGGCCUUCCCUAGCCAGGCGCGGAAGGAUGGCUACGCGCCUGCUAGGACGUCGAGCCCGCCUCCGGGGGCGUGGGACCGCACCAGGAGGCAGACGCAGAGCACGAGCACGAGCGCCAGCUGGGGGCACGCGGCCAAGGGCAGUGUCGCGAGCACGGAGCCGCUCCUGGCUGGGUACUACAGUGGCGCUAACACGGAACCUUCUACGCCUGCGAUGGGUGCGACGCUGAACCUCGCGGACGAAGGCGGCCGACGGGGGCGGGAGUCCGGCGCGUCGUCGAGCAGCCAGUACUCGGACGACGAGCCUGAGGUGGCCGAGAUGAAGCCGAAGCUGGAGGUCCGCAACAACACGCCGAGCAUGAGGAUAGCCCCGUUAUCAAGGCAGUCGUCUCGACGCACGGGGCGGCCGUGAGUGCUCCAUGAUCGCCAUGCCGGGCUAAAAAGGUCCUCCGUACGUACUGCUAUACGUGAUAUCUCAUGACAAUAACAUUCUGCCCUUUGACAUCGUCAUCCAUGACCCUCGCUUUGCUCGUGCUCUACCGCAUCCCCGCAUAUACAGUCAUUUUCAUUCCCUGAAUUCCAUCGUCACUCACUCCAUGUACCCGUACACGUUCCCAGUAGCUUAUCUCAUCACACGGACCCGUAUGGUGUGCUUCCGGCACCUCCCCGUUCAGGACGCGCUGUUUACCGCUGUUGGUUCUGGCGAUCUAGUUUGUAUCACUUACCUACCUACCGCAUAGCUUGGCUCCCAUUCAUCGUCAUCGUAUCAUCACCGUCAUCAGCUCUGUUCUACCAUGAUUUCAUCUUCCACGCUCUUGUUCAUGACCACCCCGGCCUUCGCGACUAUCUGUCGCUCAGGUACGAGGUGCUAUAUAAAAGGACACAUGCCCGGGUGCGACCAUUUUCGAACUUUAUUAGACACACACGUUGUAGAAGGACC